GCAAACAGUAGUCACUUCAUGUACAUGUGCGUUUGCAUAGUGUGGGACAUACGGGCUGGUUUACAGUUUGUUUUUAGAUAGAUACAUUUUUAUUCGUAAAACCGUCGUUUACACCAGGGGACACAGACAUGAAAUUUGCAUAUAAAUUUUCAAAUUUGCUCGGGACAGUGUAUCGUCAUGGCAACCUUAAUUUUUCUCAUGAUGGAAAUUCAGUGAUUAGUCCAGUUGGAAACAGAAUUUCGAUCUUUGACCUCAAAAACAACAAGUCUGAGACAUUGCCAGUGGCUACAACCAAGAAUAUCACUUGUGUCGGGCUCUCCCCUGAUGAAAACCUGGCCAUCCUGAUCGAUGAAGAUGGAGCGGCUGUCCUCGUGAGCCUAAUUACCAGGGCUGUUCUCCAUCACUUCAAUUUCCACAAACCUGUGCAGUGUGUCCGCUUCUCUCCUGAUGGCAGGAAAUUUGUGGUUACCAAAGAUAAUGUGGCGCUUAUGUACCAUGCCCCUGGAAAGAGGAGAGAGUUCAAUGCUUUUGUUCUUGACAAGAGCUAUUAUGGGCCAUACGAUGAGACUACUUGCAUAGACUGGACUGAUGAUUCAAAGUGUUUUGUUGUUGGAAGCAAAGACAUGACCACAUGGGUGUUUGGAGCUGAGCGGUGGGCAAACCUGGUGUAUUACUCACUCGGAGGGCACAAGGAUGUAAUAGUUGGGUGCUUCUUUGAAGAGAACAGCCUUGAUCUGUACACUGUGAGUCAGGAUGGAGCAUUAAGUGUAUGGCAGUGUGACACUGAGCUUGAGGGACUAAAACCCAGACCCCCGAAGCAGACGCCAACCGUCCACACAGAGGAGGAUGCCGAGGUUCUGAAGUUCGAUGAGAAUAGGGUGCCUAGAGGAGAGGAGAUUAGAGGGAAUGCCAACAGCCAGGAGCAGGAGGGCAGUGGAAAGGUCAAAUAUAGACGACAGGGAAAGUAUUUUUUUAAUAAGGAAGGUGAUUUCAACAACCUAACAGCUGCUGCCUUCCACAAGAAAACACAUAUCCUGGUGACCGGCUUUGCUUCAGGGGUAUUUCAUCUUCACGAGCUACCAGAGUUCAACCUCAUCCAUUCCCUCAGUAUUUCAGACCAGAGGAUUGCAUCAAUCUCCAUCAACAGUAUGGGAGACUGGAUUGCUUUUGGUUGUGCAGGUCUAGGUCAGCUGCUUGUUUGGGAGUGGCAGAGUGAGUCUUAUGUUCUUAAGCAGCAAGGCCAUUUCAACAACAUGGUGGCUCUGGCAUAUUCACCUGAUGGGCAGUACAUUGCCACAGGAGGGGACGAUGGCAAAGUCAAAGUGUGGAACACAAACAGUGGCUUCUGUUUUGUCACUUUUACAGACCACACCAGCAGCGUCACUGCAGUCACCUUUAACUCCACAGGGUUUGUGAUUGUGAGCGCAUCACUAGAUGGCACAGUCAGGGCUUUUGAUCUUCACAGGUACCGGAACUUCCGCACAUUCACCUCCCCAAGGCCCACCCAGUUCUCCUGUCUGGCUAUUGACGCGAGUGGUGAGAUAGUGAGCGCUGGCUCCCAGGGCUCAUUCGAAGUUUACAUCUGGUCCAUGCAGACUGGUCGACUGCUGGAAGUUCUAGCUGGGCAUGAAGGACCAAUCAGCAACUUGAGUUUCAACCCUGUGCAAGCAAUCCUGGCCAGUGCCUCCUGGGACAAGACUGUAAAGAUUUGGGAUAUGUAUGAUAGCUGGAAAACUAAAGAAACACUCAUGUUAACCUCUGACGCUUUGGCAGUGACGUACCGAGCUGACGGGAAGGAGCUCGCUGUGGCCACUCUUGAUGGAGAGAUCUCGUUCUGGGACCCCCAGAAUGCAGUGCAAACAGGCACAAUAGUCGGAAGACAUGACCUGCAAAUGGGCAGGAAGGAAGUAGACAAAAUCACUGCUAAGCAGGCAGCCAAGGGAAAGUCCUUCACAUCUUUGUGUUAUUCAGCUGAUGGACAGUCUAUCCUGGCAGGUGGUCAGUCAAAGUUUGUCUGUAUUUACAAUGUUAGAGAACAGAUUCUCAUGAAGAAAUUUGAAGUUUCCUGCAAUCAUUCUUUGGAUGCAAUGGAGGAGUACCUGGACCGGAGGAAGAUGACAGAGUUUGGAAGUUUGGCUCUCAUUGAUGAAGGUGCAGGUGAUGGGGAUGCAGUAACUCUUACUCUUCCAGGGGUGAGAAAAGGUGACAUGAGUUCUCGUCAUUUCAAGCCAGAAAUUCGUGUUACUUGCCUUCGAUUCUCCCCCACUGGCCGGAGCUGGGCUGCCACAUCCACAGAAGGCCUGCUAAUUCACUCCCUGGACAGCAGGUUGGUGUUCGACCCCUUCAACCUGGACCUCGAUGUCACCCCCAGUAGCGUGCGCAGGCAGAUGCGGCAGCGUGAGCACACAGACGCCAUCGUGCAGGCGUUCCGCCUUAAUGAAAAAACCCUCAUUCAGGAGGUGCUGGAGAAUGUGCCAUAUGGCGAAAUUGAAGUUGUGUGCACCUUGCUGCCUGACCUCUAUGUGGAGAAGCUGCUGAACUUCAUCGCCACAACCCUGGAGUCGUCCCGCCACCUGCAGUUCUACCUUACAUGGACUCUGAGGCUCCUCAAGCUGCACGGACAAAAACUGAAAGCAAGGUCAAGCACAAUAUUACCCAUGAUCCAGUCCCUCCAAAAGAGCAUUCAGUGGCACUUGGAAGACAUUUCUAAACUCUGUGACUGGAAUCGGUACAAUAUCAGAUACGCUCUUGCAAUUUCUAAGCAGAGAGGCAUGAAGAGGUCGGCUGAAAAACCUGUCAGUGAGGAUGAGGAAUCAGAUGAAACAGCCAGCGAACAAUCUACAGAAGAGAUUGGCAUGCACAUAUAAGGACAUUCAUCCUUUGUCACUUGCAGUCUGUUUUUAACAGUCCUUUUGAUUACAAUAUAUGUCUGGUAGUGACUUUGUGGAGACUGUGAUGCAACAUAUAAUUUCUAACAAGGUCUGUUUACACCUGGUUGAGAUUAAGCCACAGCGCCUUUAAGUGAAGACACAGCACCCAUAACCAGAGCACCUGAUUUGUAGUAUUAAUUUGUUCAUCAGUUCUGUCUUUGUAUAUACUGUACUUCACUUUUGUAUGAAACAAGUAGUACAGAUUCUAUAUUAAGGAAGGCAUCAAUCUCAAACAAGAAAACAGGUUUUUACUAUAAAAUUGUGCUUUAUGUAUUUUACUUGUCUGGAUAUUUGGACACGUUUCCUAUGUUGGGCAUUAGCAGGGAAACCCAAGCAAACCAUUACACUGAAGGCUUCUUCCUGCAGUUUUCUUUGUUUUAUGCUGUUCAUUAUACAGUUCUAUUGAUCAAAACUGUACAAGUUAAUUUUCUAUUUUUGCAUUCAUAUCAAAUUCCAUA